GUUCUAUUUUUACGUACACCCAGACAAGGCUAAAUACAAAAAGAAAAUCAAGAACAUAUCAAAACAAAAUCAGCUUUUUAUCAUCAAAUGAGGACAUUCCAUCUGAGCUAGUCUUUCUGUAUUGCAUAAAUCUUUUAAUUAAUUCAGUUGUCAUGGCAAUCAAAUAGUUAGAAUGCUUUGAAUGUUAAUUGUCAGUGGGUACAAUGACUUUUAAUAAGUUUAAUUAUAUAAAUUGAAUACACACACACAUACACAAAAAACCUACUGCAUACAUGUUUAUAAUUGCUCGUCGAAGAUUAAAGUUGCAUCCAGAGAUUCGGCCGAGGAUCCGAGUAUGAGUGAUAUCACGCCGAAGUUUCUGAAACCCGCUGAAAGUUCGAGCUUCCUAGAUAGAAAAGAGACUAACCUCUCAUACGAGAGUACCGAAUUCAUCUUCAAUAGGAAUAUCUCGCAAUCCGUUCAAGUCCAGCGGCAGAAGCUACCGAUCUUCAGGAACCGCAGUCACAUUCUUUAUCUACUCGAGAAGUACCAAACACUCGUGUUAGUGGGAGAAACCGGAUGCGGGAAAAGCACGCAAAUACCGCAGUAUAUGAUAGAGGCGGAAUGGCCUGGGACGAUUGGAGUGUGCCAACCUAGGCGCAUCGCAGCCAUCUCCUUGGCCAGGAGGGUAGCAGAUGAAACCUCAACUCAGGUCCAAGGAAGUCACGUCGGAUAUGCCGUCAGAUUCGACGCCUGCACAAUACAACCUAAAAUCAAAUAUAUGACCGAAGGAAUUCUGAUGAGGGAAAUGAUGGCCGAUCCGUUACUCUCCACAUACUCGGCAAUAAUGCUUGACGAAGUGCACGAAAGGACUCUGUACACCGAUAUCUUGAUGGGACUGAUGAAGAAGAUUCUGAAGAAACGUAAGGAGUUGCGGUUGAUCGUUGCCUCAGCUACAGUUGAUGCGCGAGAAUUGAAAGCCUUCUUCAAUAGCAACGAUGGUACAAACAAAUCGAUGGAUACGGCUGCAAUUCUUUCGGUACACGGAAGACAAUUUCCAGUUGAUGUUUACUUCAUCAAAGAACCAAUUCCUUGCUAUGUGCAAGGUGUAAUCGAUUUAGUAGUAAAAAUUAACAAUUCCAAGGAACCCGGUGAUAUCUUAGCGUUUUUAACUGGACAGGAAGAAGUUGAUAGAGCAUGGCGUGUCCUGAAGGAGCAUGCAAACUUGCUGGAAGAAGAAGACAAGAAAAACAAAAUGUUUGUGUUACCGAUGUACGGAUCUCUACCAAAUAUGGAACAGCUAAAGGUAUUCAAAUUCGCACCCGACGGCUAUAGGAAAGUUGUGCUUGCUACAAAUGUUGCAGAAACAUCUGUAACUAUACCGGGAAUCGUCCAUGUGAUCGACUGUGGCUUUGUAAAAUUGAAAUGGUUCAAUAACGACACGCACACGGAUAGUUUGAUGCUCCUCCCCAUAAGCAAAGCAUCUGCGAAUCAAAGGGCAGGAAGGGCGGGUCGAAUGCGAUCCGGCAAAGUUUACAGGCUGUACGCGGAGAAGGAUUGGCCUAGAAUGGCCGAUGCCACGCCUCCAGAAAUAACACGCACCAAUUUAACCUACGUAUUGUUGCAACUGAAAGCUUUGGGUAUCAGCAAUAUUUUGGAAUUUGAUUUCCCGAGUCCUCCGCCGCUUGCAAACAUAAAGAGCGCUUUGGAAAUCUUAUAUGCCUUGGAUGCAAUUGAUAUUCGUGGUGAGCUGACCAAUCCGCUGGGAUUCAAUAUGGCCGAAUUCGCUCUGGAUCCGAUGUACUCGAAGGUGUUGCUGAGUUCGGGAGAAUACGGCUGUUCCGAAGAAAUACUCACGGUGAUUUCAAUGCUGCAAGUGGAGACGAUCUUCGUGAAGCCGUUGUCGGGGAACAAUUCGAUUAAAGCCCGUAUAAAGAAACGAAUGUUCGAAGUGGAGGAGGGGGAUUUGAUCACCUAUUUAAAUGUAUUUUCCGGCUUCAUGAAUAACGAUAUGCAGCAGGGCUUCUGCCAAAGGAAUUACCUCAAUUACAAAAGUUUGAAGCGGGUCGUAGAAAUAAGAAAGCGGUUGGAAAAGAUGCUCGUUAAUUAUGGUGUGCCUCUUGUUUCAUGCGGAGGGUUUGCUGAGACUGUUUGCAAAUGUUUGGUGACGGGGCUAUUCCCCAAUGCCGCUUAUUUACAUCAUUCUGGCGUGUACAAAACAGUUAGGGGCGAUAUCGAGUUGCAUGUCCACCCGGACAGCAGUUUGUACACAAUCACGCAACCCCAAUGGGUUUUGUUCUGCGAGGUCCUUCACACCACCGAAUUAUUCAUGAGGGAUUUAACCGUCAUCAACAGCGAAUGGUUGCUAGAACUUGCGCCGCACUUUUAUCAUAGGACAACAUCGUUUUAGGUAAAAAAAUAAAUAAUACUUUUAAAAAAAUAAA